CCAGGGCUGCCCUCCUCGGCCACUCCUCCUUCUCCAGGGCCUGACUGAGGGGGGCGACCCUCCUCUUCGGAGGAGGGAGAAGGAAGGAGGCCCUGAGGAGGAGGAGAGGCAGCCCCUCCGCUGCUCCCUCCUUUCCUUUGCCCUGGAGCCGGGGGGGGGUCCCUCUGGGGAAGGGGCCUCUCAUCUUUUGGCCGCCAGGCAAGGCUUUCCAGAGCUGCGGAGGCCAGAGGGAGACAAAAGGAAGGAGGGAGGGAGGGACUGGAGGAGAGAAAGAAAGGAAAGGGAAAAGCGGGAGAGGAGGAGGAGAGGAGCCUGGAGUCUAGGUCCGAUGGCCGGCUCCAGCCCCGCCGCGCCCCGCCAGUGAGGUCCUCCUGCUUUCCGGGCGGCGUCGGCAAGAGAGGGCCAGGGAACCCUGAGGGCACCAUGGGCAGAUGCAACGGGCGCUGCACCCUGGUCGGAUUCGCCUGCCUCCAGCUGAUAGCAGCCCUGGAGAGGCAAAUCUUUGACUUUCUAGCUUAUCAGUGGGCUCCUAUCCUGGCUAAUUUUUUACAUAUUAUGGCUGUUAUCCUGGGCAUCUUUGGCACCGUUCAGUACAGAUCCAAAUACCUCAUACUGUAUGCAGUGUGGCUCAUGCUUUGGGUUGGAUGGAAUUCAUUCAUCAUCUGUUUUUACCUGGAAGUAGGACACCUUUCACAGGACCGGGACUUCAUCAUGACUUUUAACACAUCGCUGCAUCGUUCAUGGUGGAUGGAGAAUGGUCCUGGUUGCCUGGUGACUCCAGUGAUCAACUCCCAUCUGGCUCUUGAAGACCAUCAUGUCAUCACUGUCACUGGGUGCUUGCUGGAUUAUCAAUAUAUUGAGGUGGUGAGCAGUGCAAUGCAGAUAUUCCUUGCGCUCUUCGGAUUUGUUUAUGCCUGCUAUGUCAGCAAGGUGUUCAUGGAAGAAGAAGACAGCUUUGAUUUCAUUGGAGGAUUUGAUUCCUAUGGUUACCAGGCACCGCAAAAGAUAUCACACUUGCAGCUACAGCCUUUGUAUACCUCUGGAUAACUGUUUCCUUACAGUGAACAUGACCUUGGGGGAAUUCGCAAAACUGCAAGUCAGCGAUGCCGAAUUUUAUAAGCCAUGAAAAGGCAAAAAAUAAAAACGGCAAGCCACCUUUGCUGGAUAUUUGGUGUGGCCUACAGACGACACAUGACUCCAUCUUCUUCUCUUCUCCCUGCUUUUAAUCCCUUCCUUUGGAUGGCCACAAAGAGUUUUCAUGCAGUGCCAAGGGUGUUUUUUCUACAUGCACAAAGAGAUCAAACUGUUGCUGUUCCAAGACUGAGGAACCAAAUGAAAUGCAACACUCCACCUGCUGGCCAGUGUUUGUAGUGCUGCCAUUAUAAUGAACCUCAAGCUGGGGCAAAUACUGUUUCAGAGAGACAAAGAGAAGCACUUUCUGAGGAAGACCAAUUUCUGUUUUUGUCCUCGCUUGUUCCAGAUCACUGCCUACUGUCUCAUUUGUUUCUGAGCAAAUGACAUUGCAAUGUAGCAAUCCAUACAUUGCAAUACCCUGCAAUAAAAAGUGUGUGAUACUAGCAAAAGGGAGAUUCGGUUUCGUCUUAAAAACCUGUUUCUUCUUCCUUUGCUUUCCACUCAAUCUUUUCCAGUUUGUUUGGUGAUUUAAAUCAGGGAUCUGCCAUAUACAGCCUUGUAUCUGAUUUUGAAAUCUCCCUGAAAAUGACCGGUAACACAUUCCUUCCUUUGUGAUUCACUGGUCAGGGAGGGAAGGAGAGAAGGAGAGCGUGUCAAAAUCAGAAAGAGAGCAAAGAGGUGUCCCCACUCACUGCCAAUAUGCAGGCUUCAGCAGGAAAAGAAAUGUACUAUGACCUUGUUUUAAAUAUCAGUUGAAAAUGAACAGAAAAAAAAAGUUUGUUAAACAAGAAAGAAUUGAACAUUUGUGUAUUAUUCUGAGAAGUGUAUGGAUUUCAAUGCAUCUUUUUUCAUCUCAAAAAAGCCUAAUUGCAGGCUGAUAAUGUGACUUGAUGCUUCUUGUACAAUGAUGAAAAGUAUUUUCAAUACUGUGAAAAAUGUCUCUUUAAAAGGGUCUGAAUAUCAGUUAACUAAGUGCUGCAUUCCCCUUGAAUUUCCUUUUGUAAAUGGGUAUCUCCGCUUAGCUUCAGAAUGUCACUCUUUCUAACUUCCCAUUUUAGGUUGCUACAAAAUUGUUUGGACUGGAGAAUUUUCAAUUUGAGGCUCCCUUACUAUAAUAGAUCAUCUCAUUGCUAGUCUCUUCUUGGGGAUAUAUUGCAGUUUUAUCAACUUGUCAUGAGACAAUUCUUGCUAUUCCAAACUAAAGACAAACUUGAUUCUACACUUAGCAAAGUACAACUUUACUCCACAUGGAACUGUCCAACUGUGUUGGAUUACCACUUGACUCAUUACUAGCUAGCAUAGCAGUUGGCUAUGUUGACUGGGGAUUAUGGCAGUUGUACACAACAUGUUUGGAGGAUAGAAGCCUUAGGAGGGCAUCUCAUCAAGCUUAUUUUCUUAAUAGCAAUAUAUCCUGAAGAAGAGACUAGCAAUGAGAGUUCUGUCUCCUGGGCACAGCGCUUUAGGAUCAGUGACAUCAGCAAACAUAUCCACAUAGUUGGCUCUCCAUAUCCACUGAUCCUGCAUCCACAGAUUCAACCAUUCAUGACUUAAAAAUAGUCCACCCCCCUGCCCCAAAAAAUCCAAAAAGCAAUCCUUGAUUUUGCCAUUUUAUUUAAAGGACAACUUUUUAAUAUGCUGCUAUAUAUAAUAGAACUUGAGCAUCCACAUAGUUUGAUAUUCAUGGGGUGCCCUGGAAACAAACCCUAGUAGAUACUAAGGGCCCACUGUAUUUGUAGAAACUUCUUGCUAUGAGGUCAGCAGUCUCAGUUAGUCUUCCACACUCCCAUGUUCUUGAAAGACUGCAUGCAAACAUAGUAUUGCCGCCACAGGUAGUUAAAUCCCUCUCACACAUGGACACAUACUCGCAAAGUGAGCCAAACUUCCUUCCAACUUUGCUAUGCAAAAGAUUGAGAGAUAUACAGGCAUGUGAAUCCACUACUGAUUCAGUCAUCUGGGGAUUUUAGGAAGUGUAGUCAAAAAAGUGAUUUUUCCAAACUCUGUCCCUGCCUUUCUGAUGGUCUACCUACCUUUUGUGUUUUAAAUUUCUGUAUGUACAUAUCUGAUGUUCGUUCAUUGUAUCAUCACCAGCAACAUGAUGAUGAUGAUGAUGAUGAUGAUGGUGGUGGUGGUGAUGGAAGAAGAAUCACCACCACCACUGCAAGAAGAGCAGGUGCAGAUCAUAAGCACUUUGUGCAUGUAGGUCUGUGCCUGCCCACCCUAUCCAUAGUAUUGGCCAAGAGCCAUGGGGCUACUGCUCUGGCCAUUAAAUCCUGGUGGAGGGGAGUAUUGUUGAGGAGCAGGCAAGGUGACUAGGCAGUUCUAAUGGCUUUGAUUAAUGUGUGAGAGAGAGAAACAGAGUCAGGGUAAUGAAAAUAUUUGUGUUUCUCUGCUCCCCUCUUGCAGAGGCCAUUCGCAGAGCCCCACUGCCUCCAUCCCUCUCUCUUUCCUUGUAGCAGCAGCCCUACAAGGCUGUGGGUGAUGGUUUUGGACAGGGCACAAGAGGCAAGAGAAUAGACUCGUGCACCUUAUUUUAAAAAAUGGCAUACACGUGUGUAAAGUGCACAUAUGAUGCUAACAGGGUUCCAGCUGAUCAGUUUUUAAAGUUGCAAUUGAGUUUAAAAUUCCCCCAGCAAUAUAUGACAUUAAUGUCCAAUCAGGCAGCAUUGAAGACAAUCAAAUCUUGCUGCAAAUAUCCAAAAUUAUCCUUCCAACUUCCUAGCAUUUGAACCUCAGCCCAGAACUAGAAGUUAUCCAACUGCCUACAGCAACUCCAUCCUGCUUGAUCAUGUUUUAUUUGUAACCAGUUAAAAUCUACCCAGCCACAGUUAAAGAGAGUAUAAGCUAGAAAAGUCUGUUUCUGUUAAAUUUUCCCUCUUCCAAUUGAAGGAAUCUGUGGAGCCUGUGAUCAGACAAUGUGCAAGAUACUUAGCUUGUGGUCAAAACCUAGAAGCGGUCCUGGGAUUUGUAUAUUUCAUCUUGGUCUACAGCAUUGUUCCCCCUUGGGAUUCCAGUUAGGCCUCUGGCUUCCCCAAAUGGCUGCUAACAUUUCAAGGUUUCUUAUAUUUUACAUGCCCCCUGCAACUCAUUAUGAAAGGUUGAAAUACCUCUCUCAACAUGUUACUUCAGGUAAAAUAAGCUGGCAUUUUUGUUACCAAUUUUUUUGCCUUUGGCACAACCCACCACUGAAAUGUGACUCCGGAAAACGUCUCUGAAACUGAAUUUGGCCCUCAGGCUGGAAAAGAUUACUUACCCUUACUCUCCACUGACCAUCAUGGAAACACAGCUUUCUCAAGCUAUGUCUCUGUAUCUCAGAUGACUUAUCCUUGCAGAUCUUGUAUUGCUUCUUCUGACUUUCUAAGCAAUAGUUUUUCUGUGGAGAGAAAAUGCUAUCCGGACAUGUUCAGAAAAUCAUCUUCUUUAAUAUUUUGGAUAUGCUGGGGUUUCAGCCUUGACAUUCCAUAUAUUAUGGUAUUGAACCUGUGGAAGUUCAUCUUCCAGUGAAACCUUAAAUAGCAUGCAGGGUAGCUGUGUUGGCCAUACACCAAAAUAAAACAAAAUGUAAAAUCCACAGAGGAGGAUACCUUUA